CACUGCCCCGGGCGGGCCGGCAGCGGCCUGGAAACCCGGCCCCGGGGCGGUGUGUUGUGUGUGAGGGGCGGCGGCCGCCGCGCCUGCUCCUUCCCUCCCUCCCUCAGAGGAAACUUUCCCCUGGGCGGCCGGGACAAAAGGGGCUCCCUCAGCGGGCGGCAGCGGCCUCCCCUGGGUCGCUCAGGGGAGUCGCGAUGGACUCCGGCGGCGAGACCGUCGAGCUCAACGGGCAGGCGGAGGGCGCGGAGCCGGCGGCCGAGCGGCACAGACCAUCACAGUGGUUCCAGAGAAAUAGACCUAUGAACAUCAACCACUACGCAAACAAGAAGAGUGCUGCAGAGAGCAUGCUGGAUGUUGCCCUGCUGAUGGCCAAUGCAUCCCAGCUGAAAGCUGUGAUGGAGCAAGGACCUUCUUUCUCAUUCUACAUCCCGCUUAUUGUUCUCAUCAGCCUGUCACUCACACUGCAAGUUAUGGUGGGAAUACUUCUGAUAUUCCUCGUAAAAUAUGACCUGAACAACCCUGCAAAACAUGAUAAGCUGGAUUUCCUCAACAACCUUACAACUGGACUAGUAUUCAUUAUAGUAGUUGUGAAUAUUUUUAUCACUGCCUUUGGAGUGCAGAAGCCAAUGGUGGAGUCGGUGUCGAAGCAGUAACUGCAAGAGAUACGAAGCAUUCAUUCUUCCAUAGAUGCCAUUUGCACUUGAGCCAGUUAUACUUGGACACAGGAAAAAAAUAUCUGAGGAUGACGACCUACAGAGGCAGCUUUCUCAGGUUUCCAACAAGCAACACAUCUGUGUACCUAGAAUUUUCCAAUGUGUUAAUAUUUAUAUUGUUUGGCAUCUAAGGAAAGGAUGAUUUUGACCCAAGGACAUUGCUUCUCUGGAUAUUGUCAUUUCAAUUUGUAGAUUAAUUGUCAAUCAUAAAAGUGGCAUAAACUCAAACAGGUAAUAUCAACUGGUGGAACUUCACUGGUUCCAGAACUUCCCAUUUUCCAUGCCUUUUGCUUUCGCAGCAAGUUGACAUUUCCACAGUGAUAAGAAGCUGCAGGCCUUCAGUUCUAGCAUGGCCCCAUCGUCCUUCAUUUCACUCACUUUGCACCAGACCUAUGGUUUUCCAUAGCACAGUGCUCUUCCCUUGCAGUGUUCAAAGGUAGCUGUGUCUUGUUUUCUCCCCCUCAUCCCAGUUCCUUUAUUUAACUACAGCAAUGAUAAGACAACUAGAAACUGCUGACUAUCUUUUGGCCAGUUUUUGUUCUCACAGAUAGUCAUGUGUCGUGUUUCUGUGGACCACCGUUCAAGCUUCCUUCUCUGUGUACAGAUACACAGAUAACCUCAGUGCUCCGUUUUUUGUUAUUAACCAUGAUACUCCAUAUUCUGUGCAUUAUACAUAUUUCUGCAAAGUCUGAUAAAAGAGCUACCUUUUCUACGCCCAGCUGGAAGACUAGAGGAUACAGGUGAUCUUCACCUGCUAAACUGGUACUGAGAGCCUGUCAGCAAUUCUAGGAGUAAGUUGAAAGAUGUUUAACCGUUACUUUUCCUCUUUGCAAGAUAUGCAUUGCUGCAGUUAUGUCACUCUUAUGAGUUUAUGGCUAAAAUCACUUUAUAUAUAUAUAUAUAAAAAUAUCUUUUAGGUUCUUACCUGCUGGCUCAGGGACUGAUACUUUUUCUAAAUACACCAUUGCCAGUAAUGGUGCAUGUUAUAAGAAUUUCUACAACAAAAACAUUUCAGUCUUUUUUAAAAUUUUCAAAGUAUUACAUCUGCAAUCAGGAAAGUCCUAGUUUUCUAGAGCAUGCUUACUUGUGGAUGCAGAUUUGUACUAAUGCUUUUUCUUACUACUAUUUUUAAAUGCUCCCUUGCACAUAAUUAUAGAAGUUCGACUUCCGUGUAAGCAUCUCAUCUCCUUUACAAUUUUUAUUGGUAGCAUUUCUCUUUAGUUGUAUCUCAAGGGCAAUUGAUGUACCAUAUCUUUAUUUACAUGUUCUAUAGGAAUUAUUGACAGAAAACAAAUCAGAAGCUUGUCAAUCAGUAAGAGAAUAGGCAUUCUUUUUGAUUUUUUGGUUGCUUUAUUUCUAACUUAACAUGUAUUUAAUCAAUAUCUGACAAACAAUGGUUUUAAUUGUGUGUAUUGUACAAAUUUAAACAUAGCUCAGAACAAGUACUGAAAGAGGUACUCAGGACAAUUUUCCUUAUUUAUAUAUAUAUAUAUAUUUUUUUUUUUUAACAAACCAGCAAACUGUUGCAGGACUGUUCAUACAUCCUUGUGUUACAGCAGUGUCAGUGCCGUAUUGUAGUGACGGGCCAAACAGCGGUGCAGAAAACCUUAAAAACAUUUCCUUUUUGAAAAUACAUGACUGUAGGCAGAGCCCUUCCAAGCAUGAAAUUUGUGUAUGGUUCAACAUUGGGCAGUAAUUUCAAUAGGAUCCUUGAAUGUAUUCCUGUUACUUUCCACCUUUUUACUCAUUGGGGUGUUUGCCAGUCUGUGCACCUGAUUCAGUCUGGAUUGGCUCUUCGGAGGCAUCAAUCUCUCUUACUGUACAGGAAAUUUUGUACUUCAGUUGGAUGUCUGAAGUCAUUGCUUUGUGUUGUAACGCAACCCCUUUUGUGGUAUAACAUAGCCCCUCCAAAAGGAUAAUUUCUGACGUGCUCUGCUUUUAAUUUAGGUAUGAAUCAGAUAUUUUUCAUUGCCAGAUCUGUAUCUUAAUGUGUUUUUUUUGUUGUUGUUUAUGUGGAUUUUUUUUUUUUUUAGCAAAAGAAAAAUAGGAAGAAAUGUUUUACUGGCACUUAGUUAAUCCUGACUUUUUGACUUGUCCUUACUACUCUAAAGGCAGAUACAAGCAGACAAAGGCUCUGUUGUUGCUUACCCUAUUUAUAUUUGGUAAUGAUUUGGCCCAGUUUUGAAUGUAGCUUUCCAUACCUGUGCUACUUGUUGCCACAGCCCUCUCUCAUAAGCAGCUGAAAGCAGUCAGAUGGGGCUGCAGCACAGAUGUACCAGGAAGACAAGACUCACCUCCCUACUGCCCACAUAGCUCUGAUUUUCAUUAACUCCAGGUUUAGAAUUUGUUUCACGUCUCCUCCAUUUGUUUCAGUGCUUUGUAGAUCCUCUCUCAGCUCCUUUCCCACUUUAUUCCCCUCAUUAUUGGUCUGUAAUAUUUCAGGUCAUUCAAGUAAUGAAGCCAUUACAAUAGGUUUCCCCUGAAAAAAGUAGUAGCUGUUCUUAUAGCAUCUCACAACUAAGCUGCCAUCCAACAGAAACUAGCAAGGCUUGUAUACCCCAUCUCCCAGCUGCUUAUACCAUAGCAGAGAAAAAAUAACUAUAGAUGCAGCACUGGAGUGUGAAGCAUUCACCAGGUGAUGGAUGUGUCGACUACUGAUUCCAAUGGACUCUGCAAGACAAGUUUGGGCCAUACAGGAGGGAAAGAAAAAUGCUCAAGCUUGAACACAUUGUUGAGUGCCCAGGGCUGAACACACAGCCCUGCAUUAAGGUGGUAGAAGUCUGCUCACUUGGCAUCUGCCGGAGCCAGCCUUAGAACAACAAAAGCCUUGCAUCCUCCUGAGCUGCUGGAAGCACGACUGCAGCAUCACAACAGGGAUGUCUGCAACUUCAGAAGGCCUGGUCUCUUAUUCUGGUUCUAAACACAUGAAAACCUGUUCGUAAAGCCAUCCAUCUGACUAUGAGCCUGUGCUGGACAUCAACAGUAUUCUACUUGCAACUGAAUGUCUUUUUUUAAAUAAAAAUGUGCUGUU